CGUUUUGAUGUCAGCCAUUGAUAUUUUUGUUGGCUUUGCUUUAGAUUUUUGAUUUGUAAUGUAAUUUUGUCUUUAGGUUAGAUUUGUUGAGUUACUGCUAGUGUUUGUGCACAAUCAUGGCUACAGAAAGAUAUAGCUUUUCCUUAACUACUUUCAGCCCCUCAGGAAAGUUAGUACAAAUUGAGUAUGCCUUGGCAGCAGUGGCAGCAGGAGCUCCUUCUGUUGGAAUCAAAGCUUCAAAUGGCGUUGUAUUGGCAACAGAAAACAAGCACAAAUCUAUUCUUUAUGAGGAGCACAGUGUGAACAAGGUGGAAAUGAUCACUGAUCACAUUGGGAUGGUCUACAGCGGUAUGGGCCCUGACUACCGACUGCUGGUGAAGAGUGCCCGCAAGAUGGCGCAGCAGUACUACACAGUGUAUGGUGUACCAAUACCAACAGCACAGUUGGUACAAAAGGUUGCAAUGGUCAUGCAGGAGUAUACACAAUCAGGAGGUGUGAGACCAUUUGGUGUGUCCCUACUGAUCUGCGGAUGGGAUGAAGACCGCCCCUACCUGUUCCAGUGUGAUCCCUCAGGUGCAUAUUUCGCAUGGAAAGCUACAGCCAUGGGAAAAAACUUCAUUAGUGCAAGAACGUUCCUUGAGAAAAGAUACAGUGAGGACCUGGAGCUGGAUGACGCAGUGCACACAGCCAUCCUCACUCUAAAGGAAGGGUUUGAGGGUCAAAUGACAGCUGACAACAUUGAAGUGGGUGUUUGUGAUGCCAGUGGCUUCCGCAGGCUAGAUCCCUCCUCUGUUAAAGACUACCUGGCUAAUAUUCCUUAAGAUUUAUGUAGUUCUGUUCAAACAUUUUUUUCACAAUUAAAAUCAAGUUUUGAAAUU